UAGUACGGAGUUGGCGGAGCACACACAGCCCAAGCGAGUGGAUUCAAAUGUACCAGACCCGUUUGUGAAAAUGUGUCUUUUGUGGAUGUCGCAGGCGGAGGAUAUGUGACUAAUGUGGAAUUCCCGGUGCCGGAUUUAUUUUAAUAUGCGACUUAAUUUCUGCGCGAAAUGCUCGCAUGCACAAUUCGCCAACAAUUCACUGGCUUCAUCUGAACUGUUGUAACUUAAGAACGGCAACAUUCACCCAGCUGGUCUGGUGGUUUGGGGAAGAGUGCACGGCGCCAUCAUGGGGAGACACUGGAGCGCGCUGCUUUUAACACUCCUGCAGCUCCUCUGCAGCUGUGUAGGGAACCAAAGGAUGGAGGAGGCGUCGUCCAUACAGUUUACACACUCGCUGUACAAUGCUACCAUAUAUGAGAACUCGGCAGCAAAGACUUACUUAGAAAGCCCUGUCAAAAUGGGCGUUUACAUUUCAGAUCCGACUUGGGAGAUACGGUACAAAAUAGUGUCGGGAGACAACGAGAACCUGUUCAAAGCGGAGGACUACGUUUUGGGAGAUUUCAGUUUCUUGCGGAUAAGGACCAAAGGAGGCAGCACUGCCAUUCUUAAUCGGGAAGUAAAAGACCACUAUUUCCUGGCGGUGAAAGCGGUGGAGAGGAACACCAACGCCGAAGCCCGUGCCAGAGUCAGGGUCCAGGUUCUCGACACCAACGACCUUAGGCCUCUGUUCUCGCCCACCUCCUACAGCAUCUCUCUGCCCGAGAACACAGCCAUCAGGACCAGCGUCGCCCAGGUCACCGCCACGGACGCCGACAUCGGGACGAACGGCGAGUACUACUACAGUUUCCGCGAGUGGACGGACAUGUUCGCCGUCCACCCCACCAGCGGCGUGGUGACUCUGACGGGCCGGCUGGACUACGCGGAGACCAAGCUAUACGAGCUGGAGAUCCUGGCGGUGGACCGCGGCAUGAAGCUGUACGGUAGCAGCGGCUUCAGCAGCAUGGCGAAGCUGACGGUCAGGGUGGAGCAGGCCAACGAGCACGCGCCCAUCAUCACGGCCGUCACCCUGGCCCCCUCGGACACUGACAGGGACCCCACGUACGCCAUAGUGACGGUGGAGGACAGUGAUCAGGGACCAAAUGGGGAAAUAGCCUCGCUGAGCAUCGUGGCAGGUGAUCCUCUGCAGCAGUUUAAGGCUAUGAGAACCAGCCCCGGGAGCAAGGAGUACAAGAUAAAAGCAGUCAAAGAGGUCGACUGGGACAGCCAGCCUUUCGGAUACAACCUUACUUUGCAGGCUAAGGAUAAAGGGAGCCCUCCUCAAUUUUCCUCAGCAGAAGUGGUUCAUGUGACAUCGCCACAGUUUAAAAUAGGGCCCCCUAAAUUUGAAAAGAGCGUUUACAGCGUCAACCUCAGUGAAUUUGCCCCUCUCCAUACACCUGUGGCUAUGGUGACAGCAGUGCCAAAGUAUCCCUAUUUGAAGUACGCUUUUAAAUAUAAUGUGGAAAAAAAUAGGUUUGCUCUAAAUCCAGACACAGGCCUGAUCACAACAGCUGGACCAAUCCACGCAGACUACGCCCGCAAAUUCGAGCUGGAGGUAAUCACCGCUGAUAGGAAGGCCUCAACAAAAGUCGUCAUUAACGUGAUUGAUGUGAAUAACAAUGCCCCCGAGUUUCAGCAGACAUCUUACAAAGGCAGUGUCGACGAGCAUGUGCCAAUAGGGACCAGUGUUCUUACGGUCACUGCCUCUGAUCUGGACAGUGGAGAAGAUGGUUAUGUCACUUACAGCAUUGCCAAUGUGAACCCACAGCCUUUUGCCAUAGACUAUUUCACCGGUGUCAUUAGCACCGCCGAGGAUCUGGAUUACGAGCUGAUGCCAAGGAUAUACAACCUUAGGGUACGUGCUUCAGACUGGGGCGCUCCUUUUCGCCGGGAAGUGGAGGCACCCGUCACAAUCACGCUGAAUAACCUGAACGACAACAAGCCGAUGUUUGAGAACGUAGACUGCGAAGUGACCGUGCCGAGAGACCACGGCGUUGGCGAACAGAUAACCACUGUGUCCGCCAUCGACGCCGACGAGCUACAGCUGGUUCGGUACGAAAUAAAGGCUGGCAACGAACUCGAUCUUUUUGACUUGAACCCGAACUCUGGCGUGCUCUCCUUGAAACAGUCAUUAAGUGAGGGAGAGGCGGCGAAAGUGUCCUUCCACAGCUUACAAAUAACCGCCAGCGACGGCGAAAACGUAACUCCGCCGAUGAUGAUGAACAUCAGUGUCAUAACCGCUCGGAAACCGGUCCAAUUAAAAUGUGUUGACACCGGGGUCGCCACAAUGCUUGCGGAAAAGCUGCUUCAAGGCAGCAGGAUUCACAGCCAUGUGGAACCUGAAGAUAACUUUUUGGACACUCAUUCAAUUAACCGCUUUGCACCACAGUUUGCAGAGUCUUUUCCCAGCGUAAUUGAAGUCAGAGAGGACCUUCCUGUCGGGGCCAGGGUUAUGCACAUAAGUGCCUCAGAUGCGGACAGCGGUUUCAAUGGAAAGCUGGUGUAUGUGAUUUCUGGAGGAGAUACAGAGAGUCGAUUUGUUGUUGAAAUGGAGACUGGUUGGCUCCAGGUGUAUGCUCCGCUCGACCGAGAAAUGACCAAUCACUAUACGCUGAACAUCACAGUGUACGAUCUGGGAAUACCUCAGAAAUCCUCGUCACGUCUCCUAGACAUCAAUAUUCUGGACGCGAACGAUAACCCUCCGGAGUUUCUGCAGGACAGCUACUCCGUUGAAAUAAGCGAGAGCACAGAGGUGGGCACCAAGAUCAUUCAGGUGGAGGCCACGGAUAAAGAUCUGGGUGUCAACGGGAAGGUCAGAUACUCGCUUGUGGCCGACGCGGAUCAAUUUUCAAUCGACGAGCAGACGGGCGUCGUGAAGGUGAGGAAGCUGCUGGACCGUGAGCUGCAUCCCGUGUACGUGCUGAAGAUCGCGGCACAGGAUCAGGCCGAAGACGAGCCACAGCUGAUAUCCACCGUGCUGCUCAAGGUCACUCUGGAGGACGUCAACGACAACCCCCCGAGAUUCGUGCCCCCGAACUACCGAGUGAAGGUGCGGGAGGACCUCCCCAUCGGCACAGUCAUCAUGUGGCUGGAGGCCCACGACCCCGACGUGGGCCAGUCCGGGCAGGUGCGCUACAGCCUGGCGGACAACGGGGACGGGAGCUUUGAUGUGGACAAGCUGAGCGGCGCCGUGCGGAUCGUGCAGAACCUGGAUUACGAGAAACGGCAGGUCUACAACCUCACGGCGAGGGCCAAGGACAAGGGGAAGCCUCUCUCCCUGUCCUCCACCUGCCGCAUCGAGGUGGACGUGGUGGAUGUGAACGAGAACCUGUAUCGCCCCGUGUUCAGUUCUUUUGUCGAUAAAGGAAUUGUUAAGGAGGACGCCUCCAUUGGCACUUCGGUGAUGAAAGUCACCGCUCAGGACGAUGACAAAGGCAGGGAUGGGGAAAUAAGGUACUCCAUAAGAGAUGGUUCAGGACUUGGAAUAUUCACCAUCGAUGAAGAAAGUGGCAUCAUUAGGACACAGGAGCGUCUGGACCAUGAAACCACGCCCCACUACUGGCUGACGGUGUACGCCACCGACCGGGGCGCGGUGCCGCUCUCGUCCUUCGUGGAGGUCUACGUGGAGGUGCAGGACGUCAAUGACAACGCCCCCCAGACCUCGGAGCCCGUGUACUACCCCUCGGUCAUGGAGAACUCUCCCAAGGACGUGUCCAUCAUCCAGAUCGAGGCCUUCGACCCGGACACCAAGUCCAGCGAGAAGCUGACCUACCGGAUCACCAGUGGGAACCCCCAGGGCUUCUUCGCCAUCAACCCCAAGACCGGUUUGGUCACAACAACCUCGAGAAAGUUGGACAGAGAACAGCAAGAUGAACACAUUCUGGAGAUCACGGUCACAGACCACGGCGUUCCCGCCAAGUCCACCAGCGUCAGGGUGAUAGUGAAGGUGCUGGACGAGAACGACAACCGGCCGCAAUUCCUGGAGAAGAUCUACAAGAUCAAGCUGCCGGAGCGCGAGAAGCCGGAGAAGGAGAGGCUGGCCAGGAGGGACCCCGUGUACAGAGUCAUCGCCUCUGACCGUGACGAGGGCCCCAACGCCGAGAUCUCCUACAGCAUCGAGGAGGGAGACGAGCACGGCAAAUUCUUCAUCGAGCCCAAAACGGGCCUGGUGUCCUCCAAAAAGUUCUCCUCAGCCGGGGAGUACGACAUUCUCACCAUCAAAGCGGUGGACAACGGCCGGCCCCAGAAGUCAUCGACCUGCCGGCUGCACAUCGAGUGGAUCCCCAAGCCCGAGCCAUCCUCCAGGCCGCUGGCCUUCGACGAGUCGUCCUUCUCCUUCUCCGUCAUGGAGGGCGACCCAGUGGCGCACAUGGUGGGGGUCAUCACCACCGAGCCCACCGACUCGCCCGUCUGGUUCGAGAUCACAGGAGACACACAAGCUAAAGAAGUGUUUUACAUCGUUCAGAUGGCUUGUGACCUGAACUGUACAGCAGAAGGUGGGAACCAUGACAGCCGCUUUGACGUGGGUAAGGGCAGCGGCACCAUCAUUGUGGCCAGACCCCUCGACGCGGAGCAGAAAUCAAAUUACAACCUGACAGUGGAGGCAACAGAUGGAACCAAAUCUAUCAGCACCCAGGUGCACAUCCGCGUGAUCGAUACCAACAACCAUCGACCGCAGUUCUCGCAGCCCCGGUACGAGAUCAGCAUCCCCGAGGACACGCCGCCUGAGACGGAGGUGCUGCGGAUCGGCGCCACGGAUCAGGACGAGAAGAACAAGCUGACCUUCACCCUGCUGAGCAGCACUGACCCGUUCAGCCUGCGCAAGUUCCGGCUGGACCCGGGAACAGGCUUGCUGUACACGGCAGAGCGGCUGGACCACGAGACCAUGCACAGGCACAUCCUGACCGUCAUGGUCCGCGAUCAAGACAUUCCAGUGAAGCGCAACUUGGUCAGAGUCAUCGUCAACGUGGAAGACGCCAACGACAACGAGCCCUGGUUCACUGGCGCCCCCUACAGGGGCCGUGUGUUCGAGUCGGCCGCCGUGGGCACGGCGGUGCUGCAGGUCACCGCCCUGGACAAGGACAAGGGUGUCAACGCCGAGAUCCAUUACAGCAUCGAGUCAGGAAAUGUUGCAAAUUCAUUUGCCAUCGAUCCGGUCAUGGGAACUGUAACUGUGGCGAAGGAGCUGGAUCGCAACAGCAAGAACCACUUUGAGCUGACCGUGAAAGCGUCAGACAAAGGAACUCCCCCGCUGAGCGCCACAGCAACCGUCCACAUUGACGUCACCGUGUCCGAUAAUGCGACGCCCAGGUUCGCCGAGAAGGAGUUCUCUGCUGAGGUCAGCGAAACGGCCCCUGUUGGGAGCUUUGUGAGCCUGAUUACAGCGUCCAGCCAGUCCUCUGUCUUCUACCAGAUUAAGGAUGGAAACGUGGAUGGCGCCUUCGACAUCAACCCCAACUCGGGCGUGGUGGUCACCCAGAGGGCGCUGGACUACGAGACGCUGCCAUCGUACAGGCUGACCGUGCAGGGCACCAACAUGGCGGGGCUGGUGAGCAACGCUACACUGGUGGUCCAUCUGAAGGACGAGAACGACAAUGCCCCUGUCUUUACCCAGGCCGAAUUCACGGGUGCGGUCAGCGAGGCGGCCCCGGUCAACAGCGUGGUUCUGACCAAAGACAACACCCCGCUGGUCAUCCGUGCCUCUGACGCAGACAGAGACAUCAACGCCAUGCUGGUCUACCACAUUGUUGAGCCCUACGCCCACAAUUAUUUUGCCAUAGACUCCAGCACUGGGGCCAUCCGGACAACCACCAGCCUGGACUAUGAGCAGAGGAGCAUCUUCCACUUCACUGUGCAAGUCCAUGACAUGGGAUCGCCACGCCUGUUUGCCGAGGUGGCCGCCAAUGUGACCAUCCAAGUCAUCGACGUCAACGACUGCGCCCCGCAGUUCAGCAAGGAGCUGUACGAGGCCUCCCUCAUAGUGCCGACGUACAAGGGGGUGAAAGUGAUGGAGGUCAACGCCACAGACGCCGACUCCGGCUCCAACGCCAAGCUCAUCUUUUCCAUUUCUGAAGGCAACAUUGGAGACAAGUUCAAGAUGGACCCCAAUUCAGGUGCCAUUUUUGUUCAGAACGUCACCCAGCUGAGAAGCAGGUAUGAACUGAGGGUGAGAGUCUCAGAUGGAAGAUUUGCCAGUACAGCUUCUGUAAAAAUAAACGUGCGGGAGAACAAAGAGAGUAGUCUGAAGUUCACCCAGGAAUCGUACACUGCCUCCGUUAAAGAAAACCUGGUCGAGAAGAAAACUCUGGCGGUCAUUGCCACCGUGGGGAACCAGGUGAACGAGCCUCUGUUUUACACCAUCCUGAAUCCCGACAGAAGGUUCCAGAUCAGCCGCACCUCUGGUGUGCUCUCUACCACGGGUAUCCCAUUCGACCGCGAGGAACAAGACGCGUUCGACAUAGUUGUGGAGGUGACAAAGGAGGACAGGUCAGCUGGGCUUGCCCACGUCGUCGUGGCGGUGACCGUCGAGGAUGAGAACGACAACUCGCCCAUGUUUGUCAACUUGCCCUAUCACGCGCUGGUGCAGAUGGACGCCGAGGUGGGCCAAGCCAUCAGGCAGGUGACCGCUGUGGACAAGGACAUGGGUAAGAACGCGGAGAUCCACUACCACCUGAAAGAGCACCAUGAGUACUUCCAGAUAAGUCCCGCGGGGGAAAUUUCUCUGAAGAAGCCAUUUGAGAGGGACACCCUGAACAUGGAGUUUGUCGUUCAUGUCGUAGCUAAAGACGGAGGAGAGCCGCCCCAUUCAGCAGAGGUGGAGGUGCCCAUUACAGUGGUGAACAAGGCAGUACCGGUGUUCGAAAGGCCCUUCUAUAGCAUAGAGAUCCCAGAGAACAUACAGCUGCACACACCUGUUGUGCACGUUCAGGCUAAUGACUCAGAGGGCCCCCGUAUAGUGUAUACCAUCUCAGAAGGAGACCCACUAAGCCAGUUUUCCAUAAACUUCAACACAGGAGUUGUGCAUGUGGUCCGACCACUGGAUUUCGAAACUCACCCCGCCUAUAAGCUGAGCGUGAGAGCAAUGGACUCUCUGACCGGGGCCCACUCUGAGGUUUUUGUCGACAUCAUUUUGGAAGAUGUCAACGAUAAUGCCCCAGUGUUUCAGGCCAAGGUCUACAACGCCAGCCUCUCAGAAGCCUCUGUCAUCGGCACCUCCGUCCUGCAAGUGAUGGCCACGGACUCUGACUCGGGCAACAGCAAGGUGCUGUUUUAUCAGCUGCUGGAGGAUGCAGAUGGGAAUGCGGAUUACUUCAGCAUUGACCGCGGCAGCGGGGUCAUCUGGACCACUCGCAUGCUGGACCAUGAAGAAAGACCGCAGCACACCCUGACUGUGAGGGCUGUGGAUGGAGGAGUCCCCGCCCUUUCCAGCGAUGUCACGGUGGUCAUCGAUGUGACCGACCUGAAUGACAACCCGCCGGUCUUUGCGCAGCGGCUGUACGAGGCCACUGUUAGCGAGCUUGCCCCUCGUGGGCACUUUGUCACACACGUCCAGGCCUCCGAUGCAGACAGCUCCGACGCUGGGAAGCUGGAGUUCUCCAUCCUCUCCGGGAACGAGGACCAGAACUUCUCCAUCGACCGCAAGACCGGAGCGAUCACCAUCUCCAACCACCGCAAGCCGCACAUGGAGCCGUUUUACAACCUCAACGUGUCGGUGUCCGAUGGCGUAUUCAGGAGCUCGACCACUGUCAGAGUGACGGUCAUUGGUGCGAACUUCCACAGCCCGGCCUUCCCUCAGAUCGAUUAUGUGGUGGAACUCGUGGAGAACUCUCCGGUCGGUACCCUCGUUGCAGAAGCCCAAGCCACCGACGAAGACUCUGGCACUUAUGGAGAAGUGACGUACCACAUUGUGAAUGACUUCGCGAGAGACAAGUUUUCUGUCAGUGAAGAUGGGGAAAUACACACCCUUGAGAGCCUGGAUCGCGAGAAUGUAAUUGAGAAGGUGAUCCCCAUAAGCUUGAUGGCAAAAGAUGGAGGGGGAAAGGUGGGCUUCUGCACCAUCAAUGUCAUUUUGACCGACGUCAAUGACAACGCUCCCCAGUUCAGAGCAGCAGAGUACAGGGUUAAUGUGGCCUCAGACGUCCCAAAAGGAACUACGGUGGUCAGAAUAGGCGCAUCAGACGUGGAUGAAGGAAGCAAUGCGGAUAUCACAUACGCCAUCGAAGCGGAUGUUGAAAAUGUGGCGGAAAACUUCGAGAUCCACCCCUUCACCGGUGUCAUUGUGACGAAAGAAAGCCUCAUCGGGCUAGAAGAUGACCUCUACUCCUUCUUCGUGAGGGCCAAGGACGGUGGGAAUCCGUCCAAACAGUCGGUCGUGCCAGUUUACAUCCGAAUUCUGGCCCCCGAGGUGCCCGUGCCCAGGUUCAUCGAGCCGCACUACAGGUACGCCAUCGCUGAAGACCUCCCAGUGGGAUCGGAGAUCGACGUCAUCCAGGCAGAGAGCGACCAGCCAGUCUUCUACAGCCUGGUCAAAGGGAACACGCCGGAGAGUAAUCAGGGUGAAGUGUUCGUCAUCGACCGGGACACGGGCAGGUUGAAGCUGGAGAAGAGCCUCGAUCACGAGACAACCAAGUGGUACCAGCUCACGCUUUUGGCACAGAGUUCUCACAGUGGCACAGAGGUGGUGUCUGCUGCUGAUAUCAGCAUACAGGUGAAGGACGUCAACGACAACCGCCCUGCCUUCGAGUCCGACCCUUACCAGGCCGUCGUGGUGGAGAACCUGCCGGGGGGUACCUUUGUGAUCCAAGUGAAGGCUACGGACCUGGACUCCGGGACCAACGGCCAGGUGGUCUACAGCCUGGACCAGAACCAGGAGUCAGAGGAGGUUCUGGAGCUGUUCACCAUCAACAGCGAGACGGGCUGGCUCACCACCUUGAAGGAGCUGGACCGCGAGGAGCGUGGCCAACACACUGUGGCAGUGGUGGCGUCCGACCGCGGGGAGAAGACGCAGCUGGUCGCCCGCACCAGAGUGGAGGUGACGGUGGCGGACGUGAACGACAACCCGCCGCGCUUCACAGCCGAGAUCUACAAGGGGACGGUGAGCGAGGAUGACCCGCCGCCCAGCGGGGUCAUCGCCAUCCUCAGCACCAGUGAUGCCGACUCUGAGCCAAUCAACAAGCAGGUCAACUACUUCAUCACAGGGGGAGAUCCUCUGGGCCAGUUUGCCAUAGAGCACGCUCAGAACGAGUGGAAGGUGUCUGUGCGGAAGCCCCUGGACCGCGAGGAGAGGGAUAAUUACCUGCUCAACAUCACCGCCACCGACGGCACCUUCGUGGCCAAGGCGGUUGUGGAGGUGAAGGUUCUGGACGCCAACGACAACAGCCCGGUUUGUGAAAAGGCCCUUUAUGCAGAAGCUGUUCCUGAGGACGCCCCUGCCGGUAAACUGAUCCUCCAGGUCUCCGCUACAGACGCAGACAUCCGCUCCAACGCCCACAUCACCUACGAGCUGCACGGCGUCGGUUCGGAGAGCUUCAGCAUAGACGCAGACACAGGGGAGGUGAAGACGCUGCUCCCGCUGGACCGGGAGGAGACGGAGGUGUACCAGCUGACGGCACGGGCCCUGGACGGGGGCGGCCGCUCCUGUGAGGCCCAGGUGCGCAUCACGGUGGAGGACGUCAACGACAACGUGCCGCAGUUCGCCGCCGACCCCUAUGCCGUCACCGUGUUCGAGAACACUGAGGUCGGCACCUUCGUGGCGAAGCUGCAGGCCACAGACCUCGACCUGGGUGCAAACGGCGAGGUCCUGUACUCGCUGGCGGACUCGGCGGAUGGCACCUUCUCCAUCGACGGGCGCAGCGGGGUGGUGAGUCUGCAGCGGCCGCUGGACCGCGAGGCGCAGGCGGUGUACUCGCUCCGGGCGCUGGCCUCUGACCGCGGCGUCUCCCCGAGGCUGUCCUCCGCCUGCGCUGUGCUGGUGUCCGUGCUGGACAUCAACGACAACCCGCCGGUGUUCGAGCAGCGCGAGUACGUGGCAGCCGUGCCCGAGGACGUGGCGCCGGGGACCCAGGUGCUGCGCGUGUUCGCCGCCAGCCGCGACGUCGAGGCCAACGCCGAGAUCUCCUACGCCAUCGUCAGCGGCAACGAGCGCGGGGCAUUCCGUGUCGACCCCCACACCGGCGACAUCUUUGUCAUUGAGGCCCUGGACUACGAGACCUCCCACGAGUACUACCUGACGGUGGAGGCCACAGACGGCGGGACUCCCUCGCUCAGCGACAUGGCGACGGUCAACAUCAACCUGACCGACGUCAACGACAACAGCCCAGUGUUCAGCCAGGGUGUGUACGCCGCCGUGGUGAGCGAGGACGCCGAGCCCGGGAGGACCGUGGUGGCGGUCGUGGCGGAGGACGCCGACGGGCCCUCCAACAACCACAUCCACUACUCCAUCGUCGGCGGCAACCAGGGGAGCCCCUUCACCAUCGACCCCGUGAAAGGAGAGGUGAAGGUGGCCCGUCAGCUGGACAGGGAAAAGAUAUCGGGGUUCACUCUGACCGUGCUGGCGUCUGACAACGGGACACCCCCCAGGUCCAGCAGCGCCACGGUGAACAUCGACGUGUCUGACGUGAACGACAACGCCCCCGCCUUCUCCCAGGCCAACUACAGCCUCAUCCUCCAGGAGAACCGUCCGGUGGGGACCAGCGUUCUCCAGCUGACCGUGACGGACCGGGAUGCCUCCCACAACGGCCCCCCUUUCUCCUUCACCAUCGUGGGCGGCAACGAGGGCAACGCCUUCCAGAUCACCCAGCAGGGGGCGCUGCUGGCAGCCAUUCCGCUGAAGCGGCAGAUCAGGGACCACUACGUGCUGCAGGCCCAGGUGGCGGACAGUGGGAAGCCCCAGCUGGUCUCCACGGCGUUCAUCAGCGUGCGUGUCAUCGAGGAGAGCGUCCACCCGCCCUCCAUCCUGCCUCUGGACAUCUUCAUCUCCACGGGCGGGGACGAGUACCCGGGCGGGGUCCUGGGCAAGAUCCACGCCACUGACCAGGACGUGUACGACACGCUCACCUACAGCCUGGCGUCGCCGUCCGACGGCCUCUUCUCCGUCUCCGGCGGCGACGGCAAGGUCAUCGCCCGCAAGGGCCUGGACGCGGGCCACUACCCGCUCAACGUGACGGUGACGGACGGCCGCUUCACGGCAGCAGCCGCGGUCAACGUGCACGUGCGGGAGGUGACGCGGCAGGCGCUGGAGCACUCGGUGGCCGUGCGCUUCGCCGCCAUCGCGCCCGAGGAGUUCGUCGGCGACUACUGGCGCAACUUCCAGCGGGCACUGCGCAACAUCGCUGGCGUGCGGCGCAGCGACGUGCAGCUGGUGAGCCUGCAGCCCGCCGACACGCCCGCCGGCGACCUGGACGUGCUGCUGGCCCUGGACAAGCCCGGCGGGCCCUACCAGACGCACGAGGUGCUGUUCCGCAAGCUCAACGCCUCGGCCGCCGUCAUGGAGGAGAUGACGGGCGUGCGCAUCGUGCGGGUGGUCAGGAAGCUGUGCGCCGGCCUCGACUGCCCGCUGCGCUUCUGUGAGGAGGAGGUGACGCUGGACAGGGCCGCCGUGUCCACCUACAGCACCGCCCGGCUCAGCUUCGUCACCCCCAGGCACCAGCGCUCCGCCGUCUGCCUCUGCAAAGGUGAUAAGUGCCCCGCCCUGAACAAGCUGUGUGAAGGUGACCCCUGCCCCGAGGGUACGGAGUGUGUGGCUGACCCCAAGGAGGCCAAGUACAGCUGCGUCUGCCCCAGUGGCAAACAAGGGAAGUGCUCUGAGGGCGCCUCCCUGACGUUCAGCGGGAACGGCUACGUCAAGUACCGGCUGAUGGAGAACGAGAACAAGGAGGAGAUGAAGCUGUCCCUGAGGCUGCGCACCUUCUCCAGCCACGCCACCGUCAUGUACGCCAAGGGCACCGACUACAGCAUCCUCGAGAUCGUGAACGGCCGCCUGCAAUACAAGUUCGACUGCGGCAGCGGGCCCGGCAUCGUCUCGGUCCACAGCACCCAGGUGAACGACGGCGAGUGGCACUCGGUCUCGCUGGAGGUGGACGGCAACUACGCCAAGCUGGUGCUGGACCAGGUGCACACGGCCUCGGGCACGGCGCCGGGCACCCUGCGCACCCUCAACCUGGACGACAGCAUCUUCUUCGGGGGCCACGUGCGGCAGCACGCCGGGCGGCUCGGCCGCAGCCUGCCGGUCAGCAACGGGCUGCGGGGCUGCGUGGAGGCCAUCGUGCUCAACGGGCAGGAGCUGCCGCUGGCCGCCCGGCCCCAGGCCCGCGCCCACGCCGUGGUGGAGGACAUGGUGGACGUGGCGCCGGGCUGCGCCCUCGCCCCGCCGGAGGGGUGCUCCAGCAACCCCUGCACCAAUGGCGGGACCUGCUCCUCGCUGCCCAACGGAGGCUACUUCUGUAAAUGCAGCGCCUCCUUCAUGGGAACGCACUGUGAAAUUGGCAUCAGCCCCUGCGCCUCGAACCCCUGCCUCUAUGGAGGGACCUGUGUCCCGCGUGGGGACAACUUCUCCUGCCAGUGCAGGGGACAGUACUCUGGGCAAAGGUGCCAGCUGGGUCCGUACUGCAGAGACAACCCGUGCCAGAACAGCGGGAGGUGUAUCGACAGCCUGGACGGGCCGGUGUGCGAGUGCGAGCACGGUUUCCAGGGAGAGAGGUGCCACACCGACGUGGACGAGUGCGUGAAGAACCCCUGUGGCAACGGCGGCCAGUGUGAGAACACGUACGGCUCGUUCCGCUGCAACUGCUCACUGGGCUUCAGCGGGCAGCACUGCGAGCUGCGGGCCGAGGUGCGCUCCGACCUGGUCUCCACCUCCUGGAACAUCGGCCUGGAGGAGGUGGUGGGCAUCGUGGUCUUCUUCGCCAGCAUCUUCCUCCUCGUCCUGCUCUUCGUGGUGGUGCGCAAGAGGGCGUGCCGGCGGGGGAAGGCCCGUCCCGAGGACGACGACAAGCGGCCGGGCCCCGCCCACGCCUUUCUGCAGAGGCCGUACUUCGAUGCCAAGCUCAGCAAGAACAUCUACUCGGACGUGCCGCCCCAGGUGCCCGUCCGGCCCAUCUCCUACACCCCCAGCAUCCCCAGUGACUCGCGCAACAACCUGGACCGCAACUCCUUCGAGGGCUCAGCCAUCCCCGAGCACCCCGAGUUCAGCACCUUCAACCCGGACGCCGUCCACGGGCACCGCAAGACGGUGGCGGUAUGCAGCGUGGCCCCCAACCUGCCCCCGCCUCCUCCCUCCAACUCAGUGUCUGACAGUGACUCCAUACAGAAGCCCAGCUGGGACUACGACUACGACGCUAAAGUAGUGGAUCUAGACCCCUGCUUGAUGAAGAAGCCUGUGGACGACAGCGCCUGUCAGGCCUACAACACCCGCGGCAGCAUGUCUGAGGUCCAGUCCCUCAGCUCCUUCCAGUCCGAGUCCUGUGACGACAACGCCUCCAUAGUGACUGUUAUACACCUUGUCAAUUCUGUUGUUGACUCGGUGGAAAAAGAAGAGUCUUUCUCCGCUCAUGACCUCAAGAACUCCAGAGGUUACCACUGGGACACCUCCGAUUGGAUGCCAAGUGUUCAACUUCCUGGAAUCCAGGAAUAUCCGCAGUACGAGGUGGUGGAAGCCCCUGGCCCUCUGUACAGUGACCCCAGCAUCCUCGACACCGACUACUACCCCGGCGGCUACGACAUCGAGAGCGACUUCCCCCCGCCGCCCGACGACUUCCCCGCCCACGAGGAGCUGCCCCCGCUGCCGGACUACGGCGACCGCUACGAGACGCUGCAGCCGCCCCGGGACCCGGCCCCGCCCGCCAGCCCCGGGUCGUCGGGACGAGGCCGGCCGUCGCCGCAGCAACAGCACCGCGGGCUGGGCCAGUACCUGCCGCGCCACCGCUACCCGUCGGACUCCGCGGAGCCCCAGGACGCGACCGGGGGGACCGGCGGCUACCGGGGGGGCUACUCGGCGGGGUACGGGCGGGAGUUCGUCGACCCGCCCGCCAUCGACAACAUGUCCAUGUCCCUGUACACCUCCACGGCCUCCUGCUCCGACAUGUCGGCGUGCUGCGAGGAGUCCGAGGUCAUGAUCAGCGACUACGAGAGCGGCGACGAGGGCCAGCACUUCCAGCGGCUGGCCCUCGUCAUCCCUGCGCUGGACACUCAGCAGCACACCGAAGUCUGACACUGUAUCCAAAACGAAAGUGCCUGAUCCUCACCCGCCGCAAGCACACACACACAGUCACACACACACACACGUACACGCGCAACAACGAUGACUCUCAUCCCGAUAACGGCCACGGAGACGGGGCUAUGCGUCUCUGUGAAGGCUGGGCGUUCUGCGGGGAUCCCGCUGCCUUCGCCACCCGCCGCGCUCGGAAACCACGUCUCUCAUCGGCUGUGCCAUCGCUUUAAGUAGCUAUCAGAAACUGUCUUCAUGCACAAAUCUCUCUCAAGGUACUACAACGAGAUGUACAAUUAUGGGGAAAGAAGAAAAAAAAAAAAAAGACAACUGACAUCAAAACAAACAUUUCAAGUUUGUAUCUGUACUUGUAUAGCUCUCUAACAAGGCAGACUAAUUUUUUUUUAAACUGAAUCCUCAUUCUUUUUUUUUUAAAUGUAAAUUUUAAUGUACAGUUUUGAUUUCAAGGUUUACUAGGUUUUGUAGAUAUUUUAUGCUUUUUAUUUCCAGGACACAAGUUUUAACGUUUUAACGGUGUGACGUCGUCGGCCUUACUGUAUCAUCACCAUGGCAACCCAAAGCUGUAAAAGGAGUGUGGCUUAAUCCGACACAAUGUGUAUGCAUACCAGUAUCAUAUCGCUCAUUCUGUGGGGUCUUCAGCGAGGGACUGCGUAUUCUUGUGUUGUCGAUUUAUUUGUUUUGUAAAUUGCAAUGUUAGACCUUUAAUUUUUCCACCACGAAAACGGGACCCAAUAUAUUUAUAGCGCGAACUGAUUCGUGGACACGUGAUUUUUUUUUUUUUCCCAAGUGUCUGUAUG